CAAGAUGCAGGGCUGAGAAGUGGGAACACUCCCCUGAGAGUUGAUUUUUUCCUUGGAAAUCUGGAAGCUCCUUAACAUAGUUUUCUAGGCCCCAUUUACCUGAGUUCAAAUCUAAGGAGAGUGUGACCUCAGGAAGCUGCAAGCAGCUAAUCAAGGAGGCAGCGGUGGGAGGAUAAAGUCCAGAUUCCUUCCAGCAAGUAUAAUCUCUGGCGAGCGUGCGUGCACAAGCCGUUUCCUUUUUCAGUUUUGCUGCUGGAGCUGUUGCAGAAGGAAGCCCCAGAUCCUUUUUACUGCUACAUCUUUUGUGCUAAAGGAGAGAGAAGGAAGAGUCAGCUGUGGAAAGAAGGAAUUUCGGGAGAGGAGAGAGCGGCUGGCCGGGCUGCCGGGCGGACGGUGGUGGGGAGGCGGAUGCUGGCGGUCAGGAGAGAUGCGUACCUAGAGCCAAGAGAGAGGCUGGGACAGCCAGCAAAAGGGAGGGGACAGCGGAGGUGCGGGAGCAGGCUGAGGGCUGUGCCCUGCCCGUCUGCGCUUGCCUCCUGCUGGUUUUAAAGAAAUGAAAGAGGCAUCCCUCUCCCUCCAAGUGGCAAGCACCCAGCUCUCUGGGAAAUUGAGCUGGAGAGUGAGAAGAGGAGGCAGCAGCUGAGCCCAGCGGCAGAAUGAGACUGUGAAGCUUGAAGCUGCUGCCCACUUCAUACAGGAAGGAUGAAGAUCCCCAGAGUACUUAGGCUGUUGGUAGAGCUCUCGAGUCUGUUACCAUGUCUCAGAUGCAGGGAGGCUCUCCUGGGAUCCCAGCCCAGCCAAAACCAUUUGCAGAGUGCAGCGUCCAGUGGGUGUGGCAUCGGACCUCUUGGGUACUACAAUGGCUCGUUGGCUGUCACUGAGGCUGGGGCAGAGUGCCUGAACUGGGCAGAGUUCCCUGAUUAUGUCCAGCAGUACCCAGACCGUGGCUUGGGGAACCACAACCACUGCAGAAACCCAGAUGGGGGAACUACACCCUGGUGCUUCUUCCGACUCGCAUCAGGGGCCAUCAGCUGGGCUAACUGUGACUGUAACCAAGGUGCUGUGCGGUUGGCUGAAGAUAGCAGUGUGGAGCUGUACUUUGGUGGACUCUGGGGUACCAUCUGUGCUGACCUCUGGACUGACUGGGAUGCCAGUGUUGUCUGCAGGCAGCUAGGUCUCAGUGAGAUUGGCACAGCUGGGAAGAAGAAUCGUCCUGGACUGUGGCCUAUUCCCCUGCACCUGCAGUCAGCAAACUGCCAUGGGGAUGAGAAAACCCUCUUGCAGUGUGGCUAUCAGGAAGCUGUGUCAGGAACUUGUAACCAGGGAAGCGCCAUGGUAACAUGUGUCCCUCCAGAAGGUGUAGGUGCUCCAUUGCGUUUAGUUGGGGGAAAGGAGAGCUUUGAAGGACGGGUGGAGGUAUACCAUGAUGGCAAGUGGGGUACCAUCUGUGAUGACCAAUGGGAUGACCGUGAUGCUGAAGUAGUUUGUAGGCAGCUGGGACUCAGUGGGAACCCAAAAGCCUUGUCGUGGGCUCACUAUGGUCAGGGAUCUGGCCCCAUCCUGCUAGAUGAAGUGGAGUGCUCAGGCAAUGAACUCUCACUCGACCAAUGCAAGAAGAGUGACUGGGGACAACAAAACUGUGACCAUAUUGAAGAUGCUGGCGUCUCCUGUGACCCUUUCACAGAGGGCACUGUAAGGCUGACUGGUGGUCGCAGCCCCAGCGAAGGCAGGGUAGAAGUUUAUUACAAUGGAGACUGGGGCACAGUAUGUGAUGAUGGCUGGACAGAUCUCAGUGCCCAGGUGGUCUGCAGGCAGCUGGGCUUCAGUGGGCCUGCUACCCUGGCCUCUGAAGCAGACUAUGCUGCUGGCCAAGGCUUUAUCUUGCUGGAUGAUGUGGCUUGUGUGGGCACGGAGCUCUCCCUCCUGGACUGUCCCCAUAGCAACUGGGGGCAGCACGACUGCUCACACGCUGAGGACGUGGGAGUCCACUGUUCCCCUGAGAGCAACACAGUCACUGGCAGCCUCGGACCUCCUGUGCGGCUGGUGGAUGGAGAAAGCACCAAGGAGGGACGGGUUGAAGUAUUCCUGAAUGGGCAGUGGGGCAGCAUCUGUGAUGAUGGCUGGACAGACAGAGAUGCUACAGUAGUUUGCAGGCAACUGGGCUUCAGUGGUGCAGCAAAAGCCAGGGCAAUGGCUUAUUUUGGUGAAGGCCAAGGGCCCAUCCAUCUGGACAGUAUAGAAUGUAGAGGCACAGAGCACGCUCUGGGGCAAUGUGUCAGACCUGACUCUGGGAUUCACAGUUGCUGGCACAGUGAAGAUGCUGGUGUGAUUUGUGACUAUGUGGAAGAGAAGGUCCAGGAUAUCAGGAGAACAGGUCCAGAGUCCAGUGUGUGUGGCAUGCGCCUACUUCAUCGUCGCAAGAAAAGGAUCAUAGGUGGAAACAAGUCUCUCAGAGGUGGUUGGCCAUGGCAGGCCUCACUACGGUUGAAGGGUUUCCAGAGAGAUACCCGUCUGCUCUGUGGGGCAACACUGAUCAGCAGUUGCUGGGUAGUGACUGCAGCCCACUGCUUCAAAAGGUUUGGUGUUGAUGUGCGACGCUACCUGCUGCGGGUGGGUGACUACCACACAGCUGUGAAGGAUGAGUUUGAGAGAGAGCUGCCUGUGGAGCGGAUCGUCCUCCACAGGAACUACUGGGCUGGCAGCAACGAUAACGACAUUGCCCUGGUCCGAAUGCGAGGCAGAGAGGGGCAUUGUCUCUCCUUCAACAGCCACGUUCUGCCUAUCUGCCUUCCUGAUAAGAAAGAGAAGUCUGACAUAAACAGGCAAGCCUGCAUCAUCUCUGGUUGGGGAGACACAGGGAAAUCUUAUUCAAGAACACUACUGCAGGGGGUGGUGCCUCUUCUGCCACGGGAAGACUGUGAGGUCCGUUAUGGGCAGAAGUUCACGAACCGCAUGAUUUGCGCUGGGAACCUCUCUGAAGAUAAACGAGUGGACAGCUGCCAGGGUGACAGCGGAGGGCCACUCAUGUGCCAGAAGUCAAAUGGACGCUGGAUCAUUUUGGGAAUCACUUCCUGGGGUUACGGGUGUGGUCGGAAGGAUUCCCCUGGUGUGUACACAAAGGUCAGCAGAUACGUACCCUGGAUCAAGAAAGUGACCAAGCUAAAAUGAAAAUGUCUGAGCCCCAGGAACUUCAACUUGUCCUUCUCCCUGCAGCAGCUGAAAGCUGUGGCUUCUGGCCUGGGAAUGGUGGAAAUGUAUGUUUUUCUUUUGGACACUGGGAAAGUAAUUUAACAUAGAACUGGGAGAAAAACAGCUAUGGUUGAUUCUUUGGUCUCACUUUAGUUCUUAAUCUCUGAGCAGACAAAGCAAGUGCACACUGGUAGGACAAAUUAGCCUGUGUUGCUCUGACAACAAGUUUGAGUCCUGUAAUGCAAUCAAUGCUUAUUUCUUUGGCCCCAACACACGGAAAUGGUAGAAAUGAAGAUAUGCCUGUCUCUGUAAAUCUGUUCACCAGUUUUUGUAUGUUCACACACUUGAAAAUCACUGCAAAGACAGGUGAGAUGCUUGUAAGCUGCUGCAAGCUCUGGCAUACUUUUUCAUAACAUGUCUCUCUUCCAUUCCAGAAAUGAGAAGAUUUGACCUGAGCUGAGGAGCAGGCUAACAAUUGGCCUUUUUUUUCCCCUGAUAUGUCUCUAGGGGGAACCUUUUCUCUUCUGAAUAUUAGAUUCUAAAAAUGUCUGUCCCUGCAAAGAGGUGCUUGUCCUUCCAGCUGUAAUCCUUGUGCCACACAUUUCUGGUCAGAUGCUACGGCUUUAUUGCUGCUUUCUCAAAAUUGUGGUUCUUUUGUGGUUUGUUUUUUGUUUCUCCAUAAAGCAGCGUCUCCUGGAAUCAA